AUGUGCGCUACGCCGAGGAGCACAAGAGGAGUUCGUGACGCACAUGGUUUGAUCCAGGCACGCAUAGUGGCAUCCCAUGACGAGCUAAGCCGGUGGUAUUGCAUACGCCAGCUGCGGAGCACUCGCCACGUUCCGCAAAGACAGGCAAGACGGCUGUUGAAAAGUUCCCAGAUGACACACACGCCAACAUCCGCUACUCGUCAUUCGCCAUUUGCGCUCAAAAUGAACAAUGGACCAACUACCCUUGUUUAUAGUGGACCGUCCGUGCAUCGUGUAAGACACGGGUUACCUACGCCACCACUAGAACGUCCGGCUUUGACGGCUGAACCGCAAGAAGCCGCAGCCAAGCCCGGCAAAGAAACGUCACGAUGUCUGUUUGCCAGCGAAUUCCAAACACGUUCCGUGCGCAUUACGCCUCAUGUCAUGAGGACCGCGACGAUCGAUGGCCGAGUGGAGGGGCUGGACGCUAAGCGAGACCAAACAGUGCGGGGCCGAUUGGUGAAAUCGGAUGGCUCGGCUGAAACCCGUCAUAGCAUGUCGACACCAACAUUGGCAUGCAUCCCGCAUGCAUCGCGUUAUCAGCAGUCUGGCCAUUCAUCGAGACCUCUCCCUCCAGCCUUGAUUGCAUCCCUGACGCGCACCUCGACCUAUCAUCCUCAGCACCGGAAUCCCACCCAAUGCGUCCGCAUCCACAUUCACCACCUAGGCUAUGUGGAGCCUGUCGAUCCGGUCCAGUCUACUCUAAAGCAACGUCACUUACUGACCCUUUUGCGCACCAUGGAUACGACAUUUGUGGUUCGCGACAUGUGGACUGCUAUAUCAUUUAUCCCUCACCGCUUUAUCGCAACUUUAUCUCUUGGUCAUGCAGUAGCUUGGGCCCGCACAUUGGUCUUUUCUGAAUUGUUGAAAUUACAUGGACAUGCAAGUGUACCUGAAAACGAGCAAGGUAUGGCUCCUGCUAAUCUGCCGCCCUCUGCAAAUAGCCCCGCCCUAGCUUGA